AUGGCGAAUGGUCCUCAAGCCAUCACCCAAGCAGAUGAGCCAACCCAGAGUUUACCUGAACUUCAAGAAAGGAAAAAAAUGUCUCCACUUCUGAAAAGCAUCUUUGACAUCACUGAAAUUUUCAAUCAGUAUGCCUCACAUGAUUGUGAUGGUGCAGCACUAAGCAAGAAUGACCUGAAGAACCUCCUUGAAAGGGAAUUUGGAACUGUCCUUCAAAGACCACAUGACCCUGAGACCGUAGAAACGAUCCUGGAACUACUGGAUCGCGACACUAACGGACAUGUUGAUUUCAAUGAAUUCCUCCUGUUCGUUUUCAAGGUGGCUCAAGCUUGUUAUUACGCUCUGGGCCAGGCCACAGAGCUAGAUGAGGAGAAGAGAGUCCAGGGUGAGAGAAAGGGGGACCUGUCACAAGAUCGAAGGCAAGAAGACCAAAGGAAAUUCGAGACCCGGGACAGACAAGUGGAUGAAGAACCUGGUCGCCGACGCUGGCAGAAGAGGCAGGAACUGGAGAGCGCUGAGGAAGACCAGAGAAAGAAACAGAGAUUUGAGCAGCAGGACAGGCAGCCCCAAGACGACGAGGAGCAGCGGCUGCAACGGCGAGAACUGCAAGAACUAGAAGAGCGCCGGGCAGAGGAACAGCUGUGGAGGCGCAAGGGUCACGACGCGGAGGAGUUUGUGGAGGGAGAACAUCAAAGGCGAGAGUGGCAGACCCUGAGGCAGCGCAGUGAGGAGGCGCAGCUGGCGCGGCGGGAAGCAGAGCGGCGGGAGAGGGCGCUGCAGGCGCCAGAGCGGGAGAGGCGCCGCGACCAGAACUGGGGGUGGCAAGUAGAGGAGGAGAGUCGGCGACGCCGCCAGAAGCUGUACGCCAGGCCGGGGCGGCGGGAGCCGCGGGAGCCAGAGAGCGGGCGCCAGGAGCGCGACAGGAGGUUCCCUGAGGAGCAGGAGCUAAGGCAGGAAAGGGAGGAGGAGCAGGCACGGGACAGGAGGUUCCGUGAGGAGCAGGAGCUGCGACAGGAAAGGGAGAGAGAGCAGGCACGGAACAGGAGGUUCCGUGAGGAGCAGGAGCUCCGUCAGGAAAGGGAGGAAGAGCAGGCACGGAACAGGAAAUUCCGUGAGGAGCAGGAGCUGCGACAGGAAAGGGAGGAAGAACAGCUGAGCCACCAGGAGCGCGACAGAAGAUUCCGAGAGCAGGAGCUCCGUCAGGAAAGGCAGGAAGAACAGGCACGGAACAGGAAAUUCCGUGAGGAAAAAGAGCUCCGACAGGAAAGGGAGAGAGAGCAGGCACGUGACAGGAGGUUCCGUGAGGAAAAAGAGCUCCGUCAGGAAAGGGAGAGAGAGCAGGCACGGGACAGGAGGUUCCGUGAGGAAAAAGAGCUCCGUCAGGAAAGGGAGAGAGAGCAGGCACGGGACAGGAGGUUCCGUGAGGAGCAGGAGCUGCGACAGGAAACGGAGGAGGAGCAGGCACGGGACAGGAGGUUCCGUGAGGAAAAAGAGCUCCGACAGGAAAGGGAGAGAGAGCAGGCACGGGACAGGAGGUUCCGUGAGGAACAGGAGCUGCGACAGGAAACGGAGGAAGAGCAGCUGAGCCACCAGGAGCGCGACAGAAGAUUCCGAGAGCAGGAGCUCCGUCAGGAAAGGCAGGAAGAACAGGCACGGAACAGAAAAUUCCUUGAGGAAAAAGAGCUCCGUCAGGAAAGGCAGGAAGAACAGGCACGGGACAGGAAAUUCCGUGAGGAACAGGAGCUCCGACAGGAAAGGGAGGAAGAGCAGGCACGUGACAGGAAAUUCCGUGAGGAACAGGAGCUCCGACAGGAAAGGGAGAGAGAGCAGGCACGGGACAGGAGGUUCCGUGAGGAACAGGAGCUGCGACAGGAAAGGGAGAGAGAGCAGGCACGUGACAGGAAAUUCCGCGAGGAACAGGAGCUGCGACAGGAAAGGGAGGAAGAGCAGCUGAGCCACCAGGAGAGCAACAGAAGAUUCCGAGAGCAGGAGCUCCGUCAGGAAAGGCAGGAAGAACAGGCACGGAACAGGAAAUUCCGUGAGGAACAGGAGCUCCGACAGGAAAGGGAGAGAGAGCAGGCACGGGACAGGAAAUUCCGCGAGGAACAGGAGCUGCGACAGGAAAGGGAGGAAGAGCAGCUGAGCCACCAGGAGAGCAACAGAAGAUUCCGAGAGCAGGAGCUCCGUCAGGAAAGGCAGGAAGAACAGGCACGGAACAGGAAAUUCCGUGAGGAACAGGAGCUCCAACAGGAAACGGAGGAAGAGCAGCUGAGCCACCAGGAGCGCAACAGAAGAUUCCGAGAGCAGGAGCUCCGUCAGGAAAGGGAGGAGCAGGCACGGGACAGGAGGUUCCAUGAGGAACAGGAGCUCCGUCAGGAAAGGGAGGAAGAGCAAAAACGCAACAGGAAAUUCCGUGAGGAGCAAGAGCUCCGUCAGGAAAGGGAGAGAGAGCAGCUGCGCCGCCUGGAGCGCAACAGAAGAUUCCGAGAGGAGGAGCAGCUUCGUCAGGAAAGGGAGGAUGAGCAGCUGUGGCGCCAGGACGGCAACAGGAAAUUCCGUGAGGAAAAAGAGCUCCGUCAGGAAAAGCAGGAAGAGCAGGAUCGCGAAAGGAAGUUCCGUGAGGAGGAGCAGCUGCGCCACCAGGAGAAGCGGGACAGGAAAUUCCGUGAGGAGCAGGAGCUCCGUCAAGACAGGGAGGAGGAGCAGCUGCGCCGCCAGGAGCGCGACAGAAGAUUCCGUGAGGAGGAGCAGCUCCGUCAGGAAAAGCAGGAAGAGCAAUUCCGCCGCAAGGAACGCGACAUAAAAUUCCACAGGGAGCAGGAGCUGGACCGGGAAAGGGAGGAAGCGCAGCUGCGCCGCCAGAAACUUGACAGAAAAUUCAAGGAGGAGGAACAGCUCCGUCAGGAAAGAGAGGAAAAGCAGCUGCGCCGCAGGGAACGAGAGCAACAGCUUCGGCAGGAACGUGACCGAAGAUUCCGUGAGGAACAGCUCCGUCAGGAAAGGAAGGAGGAGCAGCUGCGCCAUCAGGAACGCGACAGAAGAUUCCGUGAGGAGCAGCUGCGUCAGGAAAGGGAGGAGGAGGAGCAGCUGCGCCGCCAGGAGCGGGACAGUAGAUUCCGUAAGGAGGAACAGCUCCGUCAGGAAAGGAAGGAAGAGCAGCUGAGCAGCCAGGAACGACAAGGUCGCUACCGGGCUGAGGGGCCCUUUGUCAGGGAGAAGAAUAGUCAGGAGCAAGCACUGAGGCGAGAAGAGCAGAGAAGUCUCCUAGAGCGGGAGAGGAAAUUCCAAGAAGAGCAACUCCAACGCCAAGAAGAGGAGCAAAGGCGCAGCCAAGUCCGAGACAGACAAUCCCGAGAAGAAAAAGGUGACCUGGAGACCGGCAAACGCCAGUUUGCCCAUGUUCCAGUGGUGCGCUCCAGCCCCCUCUAUGAGUACAUCCAAGAGCAGAGAUCUCAAUACCGCCCUUAAGAGCUGCUACCAACAUGCUAACACCGGCCAAAGCUUCAAGCAAAAGAAAAUGAGAAGCACUGAGUACCAAAUGAUAACUCAUGUGCUUCUGGUUGUGGGGAAACUCUGAUGUUAGAAUGUGUCUUUUCUUCCAAAAUCUUAAGCUACAUUUAAUUACUUUUUACUCCUUGCCUUUUAGUCAUCCUCUGAUAGGUCUUUACUACAAGAUGUCUUUGCUCUUUGGUGAAGAUUUGGUGUGCAUUUAAAAACAUAAAAAUCAUUUAACUUGUUUAUGGAGUUUUGUUUGAGGAACACGUUGAUGUAUUACCUUCAAAACUAACUAGAAUAAUACAACAAUUUGAGACUCAAGACAAGUCUAUUUUUAAUGGUUGACCAUAUUGUGAAGAUUUUACGUGUGUUUAAAAGUUAAAGAUGAUUUUUUUCCCUUGGAUCUAAAUUCCAUUAAUCUUUAUCUCCAAAAUGUUUUUGGUGUGUGUGUGUGUGUGUGUAUGUCAUGAUUAUCACAGAUUCCACUGAGUAAAUUUUUACAAUCCUUUAAUGAUGCAGGAGUGACUUCUGCAAGAAAAUUCUCUGUGAAAUUAGCCUAUAACUGAAAGAAAUAUUUGCUAAGAAUAAGAUUUAGCUUAAAGAUUUAGAAUUUUGGAUUUUUUUUAACAAUGAAUAGCACAUAAACACUUAAAGUCUCAUUAAGCAAAAGCAAGGUGUUUCUCAACCUCAGAGCUCAGAUUUUAAAAGUGUCUACUAUAGUUUGUAGUGCUCAGUUCUAGUCCUCCAAGUUUUGAUGGGUUUGAAAAUAUCACUUUUGUUAAUUUUAAUUUAGAGGGAACCUAAUCAGGAUCCUGUAAAUAUCUGUUUUGUUAUAGGGCCAAUAAGAAUGUGUAUUUGGAGAAAAGUGUGUGUGUGUGUGUGUGUGUGUGUGUGUGUGUGUGUGCGCACGCACAGAGGGGCAAGUUUCUAGAGGCCCUUGACAAGACUUAUCAGCCCAUAUUCCUUUAAAAACAUUACCUUGGAGAACUUCUUGCUGAAAUAAUUGGAUUGUAUGAAAACUUAAUAAA